AACGCAUGUAAUAAUGAGAAGCCAGUGUGUCUCUCAGCAUGACCGCGCAAUAAAUAAAGAAGAAGCAAGUGGCCCUGCCUCAGUUUACCUCGCCUCUCCUUACGGUGUUUAUGUGACGUCGUGGAACAGAAUAUUCUGGGCUUGUCACUGCAUUACGUAAAGCCACACACAACGGUAACAAGAAAAAUAUGCUUGGUGGGAAAGAAUUAAGGCACGCUAUUUCCAUGGCCUCACGUUGGACCUGGGCAUCCUGCAACCUGAGUUCAAACUUGUACAGAUGGAAUAAGACUUUCAUACACACAUCAUCAUGUCACAGAAAGUGUGAGCUGACUUCAAAAAGGUAUCAGGUAAAGAGAGGAAAAUACAAUGAAAUAAAUGAAGAAAAUAUCAAAUUCUUUACUGAACUCUUGGGUCCACACCGAAUUAUCGAAGGUGAAUCAGAGCUGGAAGGUCACAACACGGACUGGCUGGAUACUGUGCGGGGAGCAUCUUCUGUUCUUCUUAAACCCAAAACAACUGAAGAAGUGUCUGCAAUCUUGUCCUACUGCAACCAGCAUAGACUUGCAGUAUGCCCUCAAGGUGGUAACACUGGACUGGUUGGUGGAAGUGUUCCAGUAUUUGAUGAAAUUAUCAUCUCAACAAAUUUGAUGAAUAAGGUUGAAAAUGUAGACACUUGGUCAGGUGUUGUUACAUGUCAAUCUGGGUGUGUUCUCGAAGCCUUGGAUCAGCAUGUGGCUGACUUUGGAUUAAUGGUCCCCCUGGAUCUUGGAGCAAAAGGCAGCUGUCACAUCGGUGGCAAUGUGUCAACUAAUGCAGGAGGCUUACGCUUGCUUCGCUAUGGAAGCCUUCAUGGAUCUGUCCUGGGUGUGGAGGCAGUCUUAGCCUCAGGAGAAGUGAUUGAUUGCAUGACAGCCAUGAAAAAAGAUAAUACUGGCUAUGAUCUCAAACAUUUAUUUAUUGGUUCUGAAGGAACAUUGGGAUUAGUAACAAAGAUUGCAAUCCAUUGUCCACCAAGGCCACAAGCUGUCAAUCUUGCCUUACUGGGUCUCAGCACUUAUGAGAAUGUCCUCAAAACCUAUGUUGCAGCAAAAAGCAAGCUUGGAGAAAUUUUGAGCUCUUGUGAAUUUAUUGACAGAUCAUCUCUUGAAUGUGUAGAAGAGAACUUGAAACUAAAGCCACCAAUUUCAUCACAUGAAUAUUACAUGUUAAUUGAGACUUCAGGAUCAAAUGGAACACAUGAUGAGGAGAAGUUAAAUAUCUUCCUAGAAGAUGUUCUUGGGUCAGGAAUAGUUGAUGAUGGCACAGUGGCUUCUGAACCCUCCAGAAUGCUGCACAUAUGGGGACUGAGGGAGAGAAUUGCAGAGGCCCUUCAUCAUGAGGGCUACACAUACAAGUAUGACAUCUCCACCCCAUUGUCUCACUUCUAUAAAAUGGUUGAAGAUAUGAGGAAGCACUUGGGAUCUAAGAUAAUUCGCUGCUGUGGCUAUGGACACAUUGGGGAUGGAAAUCUCCACCUCAACAUCACAACAGAUGAGUUUGAUAAGGAGGUGUUGAAUCGUAUUGAGCCAGCAGUGUAUGAAUGGACAUCAAAAGUAAAUGGAAGCAUAAGUGCUGAGCAUGGUCUGGGGUUUAAAAAGAGGAAUUACAUUCAUUACUCAAAAUCAUCUGGUGCAGUAACUCUUAUGAAACAAAUGAAGAAACUGUUGGAUCCCAAUGGCAUUCUAAAUCCUUAUAAGGUUCUUCCUGAUGAAUAAGUUAUUCUAACAAGGAGCUGAUAUAUAUAUAUAUAUAUAUAUAUAUAUAUAUAUAUAUAUAUAUAUAUAUAUAUAUAUAUAUAUAUAUAUAUAUAUAUAUAUAUAUAUUAAGUCAAGGAGCAUAUAUAUAAGUGAAAGGUAAGUAGAAAGGAUAAGUGGAUAAUUUUGUAUUCCUUCCCUUAUCUUAUCUUUUCUACACAGUGCUUUACAAACAAUGGUUUGUUUACUUUAGAUGGCUGGAAGUGCUUGCUAGUUAAUAUCAGAUGAUGGAUGAAGGAGGUGCUUUGUAUUUGUCAGGUACCAAAUUAGGGAGAUUAAUGUACUGAAGUAACAGCAACCAUUUCUUGCAGAAGCAACUCAUUACCAAUUCUAGAAUGUGUUUUAAGAUGAUAUGUCUGUUGUAGUAUUUAAUGUACGGCAUAUUCACCAAAAUCCUAAUUUACCUCAAUAAGCAUAUGUGACAAGAAGCAUAUAAAUAGGUAUUCCUAAGGUUACUGAAGUCUUCAGUAUGAUAUAUAUAAUGAUGUCUUAAUCCAGUCUGUGAUAUGCUCACAAACAACUUAUUUUUCUGAUAUGUGAGGGAGUGUUUGUGAGUGUAACUGAAUGUGUGAAUGUAGAUGCCUGUUUUUGAUUACUCCCCUCGUAAGCCAUGUCCACACUAUCAGGCAGUGCAUGACAGGCAAGCACUGUCACUAUAUCCCAUUCCAGUACACAAGCUGGGAAAGAUGAGUGGCAGGCAUGGAGGUGAGAUCAGAAGCGAGGAAAUGACAGGCAAAUAUGAAUGAGCAGCUGCCUGUGAAGGGUUUGCACCUUUACCUUAUCUGGUAACACUACUUUGGAAGCCAGAGAAAACCCACUCAGCAACCAGUGCCCGUCAGUCUGAUAGUGUGGACAGGGCUCAGGAGAAUGUUUACCUGGUGCUUCCAUAGAUUUAACUUAAUGGUAGAUGAGAACAAAAAUUUUCUUUUGUUAAAAAGUAAGUGGUAGUCCUGACUUGUAGUUUUGAUGGAGUUGGGAAUAAUGACAGAUUAAUAUAAAUUAACAUAUGAUGUAAUAGAAGAUUGAGUUUUCAGUUCCAUUGUUCUAUUUUUAGGCAAGUAUGGAAACAUGGAAGAACAAAUGCAAUACAAAGUUAUGCAAGGUUAGGAAGGUAUAUUUCAAGUUGGUCUCACAGAUUAUCGGUCACUUGUAUUAUGUCCUUUUAACAUAUUGUCUCCUACUUCAUAUCUAUUAAUGUCAUUAACUACUUAAUUAGUAAUUAGUUGCACACCAGUUUUUGUGGGCCAGCGACAGAUGCCCACAUCACCUCUCUAGAUGACAAAAUUUACACACACACACACACGCGCACGCACGCGCACACACAAAUAUUUAUCUUUAUAUACAUUAAUUUUAGCAGGGUUGUUAUGAUGUAAAUGAAGUUAUUUAAAUCACCUGAUUUUAGUAUGUUUUAUUCACAGUAAAAAUAACAAUUUAAGUAAGUCUCUCUCUCUCUCUCUCUCUCUCUCUCUCUCUCUCUCUCUCUCUCUCUCUCUCUCUCUCUCUCUCUCUCUCUCUCUCUCUCUCUCUCUCUCUCUCUCUGUUAAUAAGCUCACAAGUUUCAUUUCCCAGUGACCUGAAUGUAUAGCUUGAUAAUGGGGAGGUAAUUUUUUUUUUCUUUUUUUUUUUUAUAGGGACAUGAUAUAUCAUGCCCAUGAAGUUGGUUGCAUUCUUUUCCUGUAUAAUGGUUUAGCUACCAGAUAAUGCCUUCUGAAAUUUCUCUUCAUAAAGGAGCUCAAGAUUGUUCCUUGUAAUAUGUCUUUUUCUUCCUUUUUUUUUUCCCCCUUCUAGAUUUGAUGCUCAUUUUUCAUCCCUAUCACUUCAUUUUCCUGUUCUUGAACAAUAUUAUCGUUUUCCUUCAAUUUUGUUUUUAGAUCAGUGUAUAGUGUUUUCAAUUCUUUGUUUUCCUCUUCCAGGUCGUUUUUUUUUUUUUUUUUUUUUUUUUU